GUUUAAAGUGCAUUUUGGACAAUUUUAGAGGCAACUCAUCAAUAUAAGUGGAUGUUUUCCAUAUGCUGUCCUGCUGCGUCCUAACAGACCAGACGACUUGGUACCGUGUCACGGUGUGUAACACCUACAUCGAGUGUUCAUCAAAUCUGUCACCAGGAACAUUGAUGAGCGAUAGUGUUUCAGUAAUUGCACCCGAAUCGUGUGUCAGAAAAGGGGGGCAGUCUCUGCCACGGAUGAAUCGAGUUGGCGGAAGAGAAGUACUUGUGUUUGAUGUGUCAUGGAUCUUAUUGCUUUUUCGGCUUUAGUCCUAGAUCUACUUUACUACCGCAAACAUUUCUCUUCCGCCCCCCCCCUUUUUUUUUUCUCUUCCGCACAGCGCGAAAUCCUUCACGUGACGAGGGAUAAAAAUAACUCGAGUAUUCUCCCUUGGCAUGCCCGCCCUCUUCAAGUUCCAUUCCCUCCCUUUUUGUUUUCCCCUUUCGCCUCCCCGCCACCCUAAGCCACCACUUCCAUCCGCACUUACCCAUCCUCCUCGCCCCCCACUCUCCCACCCUAUUAGUACAGUACUAGUAAAUGACUGUUGUGGUGGUGGAAGUCAGUGGUAAAGCCUAGCUGUGACUUGGCAAGGCAGUACACAAGGCGUUAUGAACGGAGAUAGUCUUACCUACACAACAGUCCUUUUCGUUGGACAUUGGAUGUGUGUCUCUGUGCGUGACCCCCCUCAAGGCGUACGCGAAUGAGCAUUACAUAUAUAGUCAACGAGAAUUCUCGGACGCAUUCAUGCUGGAUAUGCCGUUUGUUCUUAGUCCGUUUAGUUUAUUGUAGCUGAAUGUGUUUGUAGAUCUAAUUAAGGACAGAAUUCGUAUUAGAUGUUAAAGUCGCAAGUGCCCUUUGUAAAACGAUAAUACUUAUUUGGCAAAUAAUCUUUUUUUUUUUUCAAUACCUGUAUCAAUGCAUUUUUUGUUUGGGGGUAGAUCUACAGUAAGUUGCUUAUCCUUCAUUAGCUAUGCUCUGGUGCAAUUAAAGGAAUAGUAAUGAAUAGUUAUAAUUACCCCUAUGUGUUUGUGUAUGGCGCUUUUAUUUCUAGAAAGUGAGCAAGGAUUAAAUCGACUAAAACUCAUCAAUGUUUGUGUAAAUACUUAGAUGCAAGUAAUUAUUUUGAUACUUGUCUCCUACAAAGUGUAACGCUGGUUGAUCGCGUUAGGUCGUAUUGAUUCUCUAGUGUACGUCCAUUCAAUCUACUUCAAGUAACAUUGAUUCCUUGUGUUCGAACAGUUUCAUUGUAUCACAUGACUCCACAUUUCUGUUUUCAUACAUGGUACGGAACGGGAGGGGGGAGGGAUAAGGAUGCACUGUCCAGUAAGCUAAAGCAGUUUAACCAAAGGUCAAAUACUGAAUUAAAUAAGUCUAAGCUUCAAAUAAAUCAUUUCAUUUUAUUCAGCUGUUUGAGAGGGUGGGUUUACAUAGAAGAUUUAAAAAAAAAAAGAAUUAAAAUUGCGUUUUAAGCCCGCAUGAGAAUCCCAAAUGAGUUUUAAUGAUAUUUUUAUUUAAAUUACAAUACCAUCAACACGAACAUUGGUGAGACUAUAGGAAGUCUAUUUAAAAAUAGGAAGAAACGGUCGCCGGUGAAUGACCCCAGUACGCUUACGGUGUGUUGAAAAGCGGCGAGGGGAAGGGGUGGGGUGUUUUCAAUAGCUGAGACGGCAUGUCUUGCCAGCAUAGCGGUACCCAAGUCGAAAAGGUCAUUUACCUUAUUGAAUCCGACAGGUCUUUUCCUCGCCAACCAUAGCGAACCCUCCUGGGGUUUUGUGGUAUUAUGAAAUUUAGAUCGAGUAACAUUUGAACUGUUGUUGUAAAUAAGAUGGAUUCACUGUUCACGCGUUUACUAGCAUUGUAUAGUUCUCCAGAAUAAACAGAUAUAAAGAUUGUUACAGAACCCGUUUUAAUAUGCAUUUUAAUAUGCAAACUUUUUUUUCUUUCAAAGUAUGCAAUCCUUUCUUUAAUCGUUCAUAUCGAUAGUGUAGUCUGCAUUUGACUUGAUGACUGAAAAAAAAUUGUGCUUUGAAAAUUUGAUUUUAUUCCCCCACCGUGCCAAUGUGUUUAGCUUUGUAGUUUCUGUUUGGUACACUAUAUUAGUGUUGAAAAUGUUCUCAAUCUGAACAGAAAAGUUGGUCAGAGAGCUUGAAGAGGCAUUCUUUGAUAUUCUACACUCUGAGGACCAGCCAUCGUGUUUGUGGUCAUGAAUAAAACAAAACAUUUUCGCUGUUUGUUGUGGUGAUUCCCCGCUGUUAUAUGGAGUACAUAUUGCACCGUUCCUCCCCUUGACAAUUUGAGCGCCCCCCCCCCCCCCCCCACAUCCCAUCACCUCCUCCUUCGACUAUGAGCUGGCGGUGUGUGGUCAUCACUUGAUCCAUGAAUGUCGGGUAGAAGGAGCAUGAUGGCAGUAGGUGAAAUGCAUCAGCCCGGCUCAUGCUACAACGGCAAUGUCUCGGGCAAUGGCUUCUUGCACGUCAGUGGCCUCCCCAACCUGCACCCGGGCAGCAACGGCGCUGUUCUAAACAGUAGCGGGGCUGGGGACGGUCCCCACCAGCCUUACCACCACCACCACCAUCAUCAUCACAACCAUAAUCACCACCAGCAGCAUCCCAAUGCCGCCGCCGCCCCUGUUGGGGCCAUGGGCGGAAUGUCGAACAAUUUUUCGGAUAUGUAUCAUAGUUGGAUAGAUGAUUUGUAUGAAGAUGGGACACCCUAUAUCCCACCGGUGUCCCAAACAGUUACUAAUGAUGCUGGGAUGACAUUGGUUCGAGAUGACAAUGCUCUGCCUCACUCAGUACAGUAUUCCCCUUCAACAGAAGAGAGCAGCCUUCAGUUCUCACCACCUGUACCCAACAGUGGAGGGGAGUCUAGGGUUUCUAACACAAGAGCUCAAAUAGAAGUGAUCCCAUGUAAAGUGUGUGGAGACAAGUCAUCAGGUGUUCAUUAUGGUGUCAUUACUUGUGAAGGAUGUAAGGGUUUCUUUCGUAGAAGUCAGUCUGGUCCAGUCAAUUACCAGUGUCCAAGAAAUAAGAACUGUGUCAUUGACAGGGUGAACAGAAAUAGAUGCCAGUAUUGUAGAUUACAGAAAUGUUUGGCCUUGGGCAUGUCCAGAGAUGCUGUCAAAUUUGGUCGCAUGUCCAAGAAACAAAGAGAAAAAGUGGAGGAUGAAGCUAAUAUGGUCAAAGCCAGCAGACUUAAUGGCACCAUAAUUCAAGGACAGUUUAGUACAUACCAAACCAAUGGAUACAGUUUUACAGCACAGCCUUUAGCAGCGCAACAGCAGCAGCAACAGCAACAACAGCCUGCAGAAUAUAUUAAUGAAAGUCCAAUGUACACACCCACUUCCACAGUUCAAACAGCACCACAUCCUGUUCUCCUGACAAGGGUCGUUGAAGUCAGUCCAGUGAACCUUGGAAAAGCCAUUACAGAAGCACACUUGAGAACAUGUUUGUACAGCAAUGACCAGAUUGACCAACUAAAACAUCAACACUUACCACAGGAGCAAGUAGAAAUAUACAAGAGAUUGCCUCAUCGACAUCUCUGGAUUGAAAUUGCAGAUAAAAUCACAUUAGCUGUACAGCAAAUCAUUGAGUUUGCUAAAAUGAUCCCUGGAUUCAUGGAGCUGUCACAAGAUGACCAAAUCAUGUUACUCAAAGCUGGAAGUUUUGAAUUAGCACUCAUGCAGCUUUGUCGAGUGUUUGAUGCUGCUACAAAUAGAGUUGUGUUUGGGAAUAUGUUUUUACCUUUAGAAGCUUUUGCCACUCUCACUGAUGAAGAGUUCCAUCUGAUGUCUGCUAUCUUUGACUUUGUCAAAAAUAUUCAGCUUUUACAUAUUACAGAAAGUGAGAUGGCUAUGCUAAGUGCUUUGAUACUCAUCAGUUCUGAUCGCCCUGGAGUUAAAGAAGUUAGUGAAAUUCAACAACUUCAUGACAGGAUCUUGACAGCCUUAAAAUUGGAAAUGGGAGUCAACCAUGCUGGGGAUGAAGAUAUCUUAAAGCGAUUUGUGGAGCAGGCUGGGGUGCUGAGGUCACUCAGUGCAAGGCACAUCCGGGUUCUUAAUGCUUUCAAAGAAGAGGCACCAGACAUUGAGUUUCCUGCUCUGCACAAGGAGCUCUUCUCUAUAGAAACCGAGGCAGUUGUUUCCAACAUGUAAAUGUUUUGUUUAUGUCGUUCCCUCUGGCAGCUGACCGCAAGUCUUCUUACAUGUGCUCACACUCAGCAAACUGUUAGCAAAGUGGUGGAUUUUGAACUCAUAGCCCCAGAUGGACUUGGAUUGUAUGCAUGUUAUGUUGAUUACCAGAGUGCUUGUGUGAAAGUAUACAAGAAUACACUUGGUUCAACAGUAUUCUCUGGGAAACCCUCCCACAAUGUAUCACAGUAUGGCAUAAUAAUGUUUUCACUUGUUCUACUAUAGAGCUACAUCAUACCUAGUUUGUUGUCAUUCUUUAUAUUGAUAUGAGAAAAGAGAUUUGAUUUAAAUGAUCAACUUGUCAGACAAUAAUUCUUUUUUUUUUCACUUGCUUGGAUUAAGAAUUGAAUUUAACCAUAUUAAAAAAUAUAGGGUGAAAUACUACUUGCAAACUUUAUUUGUAUACUAUUUGUUUUUUUAUAUUAGUAAAAAAAAAUUUUUUUUUUUUUAAAUAUAAGCUCCGGUCAAAGAGAGAUUUUUAAGGUUGCCUAUAGCUGUUUGCUUUAAGCUGUAAUUUGUAAAGUAAAUACUCUAAUUGCAUUUUAAAAAAUGAGAAAGCAGGUAAAUUUUAUUUUUUUUUUCGUUUUCUUAGAAAUUAGUUGUUUUUUUUUCUUAAUGUUGGUGUUUGGUGAAACUACUUUGACUUAUAGAACUUGAAUUGGGUUUAUAAUAAAAGGAAAGGGGGAAAGUUGUGUUUAUCUGUAUUCAUCUUGUGCUGGUUAACAGGGCAUUAUUAAACCAUUAUUACCAUUAGUUGUGAUUAAUGUAGGCCUUGGUUGGGGGGGGGGGGUCCAAAACAUCAGAAUAAGAACAGCUGACACACUUUUUGUACCACCUCAUACUAAUAACUGAUAGAUUUCUACUUUUGGGCAUCUACUUUUUUUUUUUUCCCUAGCUAUUACUUUUUACUUUCCUGCAGUAGAUCCAACUGUUGACAAUUUAAUUCAUGCAAGCCAACAAGCUGAACACAAAUGUUCCCAACAGAAGUAGGGAUAUUUUCAGAAUUGACAUUUGGAAUAUUGUAGCAGAAAUGGAUGUUCCCUUGUUGCAGCAGUACAACAAACUCAACUGUUGUUAGCGAUACAGCAAAUAUCAGUUUUGUUUAGAGUUUUACUAGUCUUGCAUAAUUCAGUUAUAGUAUUCUGUGGUAUUUUUUUGAAAGAGCAUUUGUGAUUAUAAAAAUAUUUUUUAAUUUGUAUGUGAAUAUUAGUCUACUACACUCGUUGAAAUGUUUGUAGAAAUGUAGGUGUUACUAGUGAUUUUUAGUUGGUUUUUUUUUUUUAAUGUGACAUUAAAAAAAAAUUUUUGUUUGUUUGUUAGCAACUGAUAUUUCCUUGCACAGUGAUUGUCACUCAUGUUAGUGUAUCCAAGAUGUAGCAAAUAAUGGAGCAAUAUGUACAUUGAUAUGUGUCACUUAUUGGGCUGUAGAGAAUAUUGUACAGUUUUUAUCAUGUAUACUCAUUUUUUUAUGUACAUAACUUUAUAUUCUUUACUGUUAAUGCCACAGUAAAAAAUUUUUUUUUUUUUUUUUGCUUUUGUAGGAGAAGUAAUUUGUAUGAGAGCAGACAUUCAGUAUUGUAUAUAUAGAUCUAGUUUGAUCUUACAUUGUCACAGCGUAGUAUAUCUACAAUGACAGAUUCUUGAGUUAAUGUGCUAAACCAUUAAUGUUGCCUUUACUUGGUAAUAGUAACCAGUACAUGUACUGCAAAACUUUUUUACUUAAUCAACCAAAACAUUGAAAAAGUUCUUUUUAUAAGAAUCAAAUAUAUAUUGCAUUUUCUGCUUUGAAUUUCCAACCUCACUUAUGCAAAGUUUUAUAUAAGUAUAUAAUUAGCUGAAGAGGGCACCACAAAAUUAAUUUUUUCUCCACUAUAAGUAAGAUUGCUUACACCACUUCAGACAGUUCAAUUCUUUCAUUUAUUUGAUUUGCUUUUCUCUAUAUUUGUAGCUCAUUUUUUCAAACAUAACUUUUGGCUGAAACAAAAGGCCAUAAAAAUUGUGAUAUGAUUUUUUCCCCCCAAGUUAUUUAGUGCUGCUUAUUUCACUACCUGUUGGGUGUUGCUCUUAAUGCUGUCAGCAUAGGAAAAGGUGCAUCCAUAUGUUCUUCCAUUCCUUCAAAAUUCUUGGUCAUGGCAAUUGGGUGUUCUUCUUUAAAAAUGUGUCAAUUAAUGACAUAACAGAAAGAAAAACUGAAAGCAGCUUCUUGUUUUAAGCUGUAACAUUUAGGAAAGUUACAUUGUUUUUCUGGAGCUUAUAAUUUAUAAAUAGCUAAAACGUCUCUUACAAAGUUUGCCUUGUCAUGUGGAUUCAACUAUGGUUACAGUUAUCAAGAAUUGAAACCAUUGUGUACUUAGUUUGCAGGAUUUAAUCAACAUUGACACCAUUGUAUUCCUUUUGUCCAAAGUGGUGAUAGAGGGUAUUGGUGUCAACUCCAUUAUCUAGAAAAAAUAAUAGCAGAACAUGUUUCUUUGAAACCCACUGUUGAUGGUAGUGAUAAAAUUUAGAGAAAUUAGGUACACACCUUUGAUAAAUGUAAAUAUUGUGACUUGUAUGUAUAUAAUAUAUAUAUAUAUAUGGCAAAGAAAGCGAGAGUGUCUUGAUUGAUCUAUGGUGUGCUUCUGUACAUAAAGAGAUUUCUGCUAUUGUAUAUCAUUGUAUUGGUGACGUUACAAAACACUUGUCCCAGUUGAUUUCAACUUUGACCGUCUCAGUGGUGAGCUAACAAAGUGCUUUGAAGCAAACUCCGCCCUACUGAGAAUCCACAUCAAUGCAAGCUAAUUCCCCCCCCCCCCCCCCCCCCCCUUUAUAUAUGUCCCUUGAGUUCAGCAGCAGAUGUACUCAUUCAUAAACAAUAAUGUUUACUCUCCUUUUGGUUUUGUUCAACAAAGUAUUGAAGUUAUUGUCAUGAUUGCAUUAUAAGUAUAUAGAAUUAUAAAUAAAUAAUAUAUAUAUAUAUUGUAUAACACUACCAAUCUUACUAUUUUAACUCAGGGCUGGUUCUCCGAUAUAAAAGGGAGACUAUUGGUUUAUUUGUUCCUGCCUUUUUAAUACAGUUUAUGUUUCUCUCCCCUGCACUUAUCACUCAUUGUUAUGUUUUAUUAUUUUUGAUUGAUUCAGUUCACAUUGCCAUAUAAUGAUCCUGUUCAUCUCCUCAAUUUUUUAACAAAUCUUUUUUUUUUUUUCUGAAAAGUGUCUUUUUGAUGAAAUCUUGCAGAUAACUUUGGACAUAAGAAAGAAAUAUGCCCAUGUAAAUGGAUGAGUUGCAUAGACUUGAAGAUAUGGCUUCUUAGAUGGUCUAUGUACUCAAUGAUGUAUAUGAUCCUAAUAUAAUAAAAAAAAGAAAUGCU